AAUAUGGCAGUGGAUGAGACGUGUUCUAUUUCCGGUGUUUUGCUUGUUGUGACUUAAGCGGAAGUCAUUGUGUCUAGCUUGGCAGCAGGUGAAGUAGUUAGGAAAGACAGCCCUUAACAGUGUUUUAUUAUUUUUUGGUCAUAAAAUGAGUUUAUUAAACCUGUAGGGUCCGUGUUGUCAUAUAACUAUGUAUGGCAGUCUCAUUCAGAUGCUCAAACGAGAGAGUGCUAGUGUGUGGUUAGCCUAGCUAGAUAGUUUUAGCUGUAAUUACCAUCUGUGUGGCCGCGCUGACACGACAUCGCAAUCAGGGACAUCCUGCUUUUGACAGGUUGCGUGGCUUAACCUGUGCUUUUCUUGUGAGGACACAUAGGUCUUACAUGAGGUUGCCAUUUGUCCACUGACACAAUGGCCAGUCCGAAUGAUCUACAAUUCCAAGAGUUUCAGGAAGCAGCAGAGCUGUUGUCCGCAGACCCGGGGGCCUCCACACUCAGUAUGUCUUCCUCAAACAACCCAGCACAAGGAGAGGACGUGAAACUCAACCUGUCAGAGGAUGAGGAGGGAGAGGAGGAGAGUUCAGAGCUGUUAGGAGCACCGAAACCAUCUGGUGGCUUCUGGACCUUUGAGUACUAUCAGUCUUUCUUCAAUGUGGACACAGUGCAAGUACUGGACAGAGUUAAGGGAUCAGUGAUGCCAUUACCUGGAAGAAACUUUAUCAAACACACCCUCAGGAGUAACCCAGAUCUAUAUGGUCCGUUUUGGAUCUGUGUGACACUGGUGUUCUCAGUUGCUAUCGGUGGGAACGUGUCCACCUUCCUCAGUGAGAUGGGAAACCCUGCCUUCCACUACAGACCACAGUUCCACAAAGUAACAAUAGCCACAGUAGUAAUUUUCUUGUAUGCCUGGCUCGUGCCAAUUGGUUUAUGGGGUUUCCUGACCUGGCGGCAAGGGGCUGAGAGACAGAUUGGAGGCUAUUCCUUCCUGGAGACGGUGUGUGUCUACGGCUACUCCCUCUUCGUGUAUAUCCCCACAUCUGUUUUGUGGAUCAUACCAUUUGAAUGGCUGCGCUGGACGUUGAUCCUGGUUGCCAUGGUGAUAUCUGGCUCAGUCCUGGUCCUCACCUUCUGGCCUGUUGUCUGUGACGACAGCAAGGUGACAGCUGUGGCUACAGUCGUGACCAUAGUGGUUCUGCACACGCUGCUGGCGAUCGGCUGUAAGCUGUACUUCUUCCAGACAGCAGUCCAUGUACCAACACCGGUCACUGCAAGCCCGCCCAUAGCGCUGACCACCCACUCAUGAAGGAGGAAGGGUGUUGGCAGGGAGUGUGGAAAUGAAGGCCAUCUGGAAUCACAUGCAGAUAUAAAACCAUGUAGAGACAAUCUGGCUGAGGCAAAGUUAAUUAUAGCUGUUGUUAUGAGGUUCUGGGAUGGGUGUGCCCGGUUGGUCGUCUAAUUUAUCCUGAGGGUGGUUCUGUUGUAAUUGAAAAUGCACUUGUUCAUUGCAAUAACUGUACCUUUCUGCAGUGCUGCCGCAGGAUGUGUGGUGCAUCACAGUGGUUUAGCACGGCUUUCCCACGGGGGUCCCUCAUUUCAUCAGCAACACUGAAAAGAGGAGGUAAUUAAGUGACUCAUUAAAGGAAGAGGCACACCGUAAGACUACUGAGGUAACCACAAACAUAACAACUGUGUUGGUCUUAUGACACUUCACACUUACAUCAGUGGAGUAUUUAAUAGAGAAGGAACCUGCACCAUCAUGAGAAAUAAAUAGUUUGAUCAAUUCAGUGUUCAUCCAGUUGUUUACAUCUGCCUCUUUGUGACAUUGUGCUGUGUAAUGGAUGCGUUUCAAUGAAUUGAGAGUGGAAUGGACUAUUGAUACAGCACACCGCUGUUCCUGCCUUUAAGAAACUCAGCCGCUUAACCAUCAUUUACAAAAUUACUUCAGCUGUGUUAUUUACAUGAAGGAUUUAGUGUAAAUUGAGUAAUCGGGUUUGUCUGCAGAACUUUAUUUGCCACUGGGAGGUUUAGUUUUUUGUUUGCUUGUCUUUUGUUGUUUUGUUUGUUUGUUUGUUUGUUUUUUUUGUCAAUAAACCUGGAUUCUGUGCUUCUUAUUGCCUGCCUGUAAUUACUACCAGUACUUAACCCAGUAGUUGUACUUACAAGUAGGAGUUUGGGGGAAUAUUAAUUAUUACAGAUAUUAAAUAUAACAUAUUAAAUAUGUUGCAUUUAUUCCAAUCAGAGAGAGAGAAAUAAGUAACGUUCAUGCAGAAAUGCACAUUUACCCAACAGAAGAAGAAACGUCUCCCAACAGAUAGCUCUUAUACCCACAUGUUAUCAGAACAGAAGACCGUGGGGGGCGCCACACUCAACCAAAGCCAGCUUCCCCAUAAACGCACAUGAACCAAGACGAAGUGACUCU